UCAGGUGCAUUCCACCGGGAGCUUCAGGUCGCCCAGCAGGUUUCUCUUCUCGCAGCCAGGGUCGCCAUACGUGACGGCAUACACCAUUGCCCGGUUUAGCGUUGCCACCUCCGUGUCAAUCAUGGCACAGACUGCAUCCCUCAGGAGCUUGUCAAGGUUCGUGAUGGCGUAGUUGUCUACCCAUCUGUUAUCAUAAUGCCAGCGGUUGCAGACCUCGGGCGCCAGGUCCGCAGUAAUGUCCUCCCAGUGGGCCUCCAUGCACUCGUGGGCGGUGGUUGCGGCGGUCUCGCGGCAGCUUUCGAAAUCCUCUUCCGUGCACUUGGCUUCGGCACACUCGCACUUCGCUUCGGAACUGAAGCCACCCAGGUCCCGCACGGGUACUACUUCCUCUUCUGCAUGCAUUGUGAGAGAGAGAGAAACACAUGCAUUCACGUAUAUGUGCGUGCAUGUCUCUCUCUCUCUCUCUAUGUGUGUCCACCCACCCACCCAGUGUGUGUCUCUGCACCCACGACGUUGGGACUAGUAAUUGUAGAAGGUAAUAUCCAUGACACUGGACUGCUUUGACGUUGGGAGUGACAGGUGUCGUCGGUGUCUCGUCCUGCUCGUCUUCUGAAGGGACAGACAAGCCGAACUGAUGUACCGAACGAAUGUCCCAGGUCACGCAGCUCGCUUACUCACCUCCUGGAAUAUAUAUUAUAACAAAAGUCAGAAUAGAGAGGGAGAAGGGAGAGCUGCCGACUGGAUGAGGUGCGCCGGACGAGCAACUGGAUGGUAACGGGCGGGGGAGGCGCUACUGGUCUCUCCCGGCCGUUGCCCCCCGCUCCCUCACAUUUCGAAUCCGCAUGCGGAUCGCCUUCCCGCCGCCGAUCUACUCCAGACACAAGAGAGGAAGACAGCUACACUGCAAACGGCGCUCGGAGGCACCUGGUGCUGCUGCUGACCUGUGCAUCGUAUUCUUGGAACCCCGGCUGUAGAGGUGGCGCAAGUAGCCAAGGCAGAUCUCCAUGAAUGCGGCAACCGGCGCAUGAAGAAGAACAAAGAGCCCUUUGCCUUGGUUCCUGGCUACUCGUGGUCGCCUCAU